AUGGCCUACCAAGGCCUGGAAAGUGUCAAGCAGCAGUUCCUUUCGAUAACAUCCCACAUCGACGUCUGCAAGAAACAAGGACGAGAUCCGAAACUCGACCGGUACAGCAUUGUCUUCCAGGGAAACCUGCCGACUGGUAAAACGACCAUUGGCCGUCUGUACGCGAAGUUCCUAUAUUCCAUCGGAGUCCUUGGUUCAUGCCAUGUCAUAGAGACCUCAGGCGUUAAGCUAGCCUCUGAGGACCCCAAAUAG